CCUAACCAUGUCAUUCACUAAUAAACCUAAUUUGAUAUUGUUGUUUAUGAUAUUUUCGACUCUUAUAUUUUUUACGUUGUCAUUAGAUUUGUCAAAUGCUCCAGCAGAAGCACCAACUUCGUAUGGUGACGGUUGGUUACCUUUCGCCAAAAAACAUGUUAUAAUCAUCAACAAGGUAAAAAACAAAGAAAUUUUGAAUGUACAUUGCAAAUCUAGCAAAACUGAUUUAGGGAUGGUCCAUAUUCCAUGGAAUGGUACAUGGGAUUUUAGAUUUCAUGUUAACUUUUCAAAAACAACAAAAUUUCAUUGUCAUUUUACAUGGACUGGAGGCGGAUCUCACUAUUUUUAUAUAUUUAAAGUAUCAAGAGAUGAUCAUGUACAUGGGAAAUUUCUUGUUUGUAAAGAAUGUAUAUGGGAGGUGGGAAGAGAUGAUAAAAACCCUAUUUGUCGUAUUCCUCGUUCUGAGAAAGACAAACCGUAUUGUUUCAAAUGGGAGGAUGGUCCUUGGAAAAAGUUAUUGUAAUCAU